AUGCCCGGCGGGAUAUCAGCUGGGUUCUACAGCAGGUACCCCCUCGCCUUUCCUGCAUACUCGUUCCACCUCCCAGUCUUGGACUACUUGCCGUAUAGCAUCUUCUCGAUCAACGUCGCGAUGCCUGCCGUCCUCGCACCCGCAAAGGCUCUCGUCACCGGCGCAAACGGCUAUGUUGCUGCAUGGGUCGUGCGAGCCUUCCUUGAAGAAGGUUACUCCGUCACUGGAACUGUACGCUGUACAUCUAAGGGUGAACAUCUCACGAAGAUCUUUUCCUCCUUCGGCGAUAAAUUCAAGGUGAAGGUCGUUGAGGACAUGACAGUUCCAGGGGCCUUUGACGAUGCCGUAAAGGGCGUCGACAUUGUCGCCCACACCGCUAGCCCAUUCUACCUCACCGCGAAAACACCUCACGAGCUCAUUGAGCCUGCCGUGCGCGGUACCGUGGGAGUCCUCGAAUCCAUCCAGAAGGCCGGCACUUCUGUACGCCGUGUCGUCAUCACCUCCAGCGUUGCGGCCAUCCUCAACCCGCCUGACUCUGGUGUCCUGGACGAGACCUCGUGGAAUGUCAAUCACCCGAAGGAGGUACAGGAGAAGGGAGCGGAGGCCAGUGGAUCUGCAAAGUACUGCGCAAGUAAAUCAAUUGCAGAGCGCUCUGCCUGGGACUUCGUUCAGAAGCACCAGCCUCAAUGGGACAUCGUCACCAUCAACCCCUCUCUCGUCCUUGGGCCUCCCAUUCAUGAAGUACCCAGCCUCGACAAGCUCAACGAGUCGGUCAGGCAACUUCACGACGUCCUGUUCAAGAAUAUAUACGACCCCGAGGCUCUCGCGACUAUAAACAAUAACUGGGUCGAUGUCCGUGACGUCGCGAAGGCGCACAUGCUUGCUGCGAAGAUCCCCGCUGCUGGCGGAGAACGCUUCAUCGUUAGUUAUGGGAAAUUUUACUGGCAAGACAUCGUCGACGCUGCCAAUGAUGUCGAUUCAUCCAUCCCCCUCAAGGGAAAGUACGGCGCUACGAAGGAUAAGGAAGUGUCCGCAACAUUCCCGCGCGCCAAGUCAGAGCGCAUCCUGGGGCUCAGAUACACGGACCUGCACUCAUCCAUCCACGAUUCCUUGGCUUUCUUUAAAGGCUUCCCGCAGUGA